AUGCCCUCUAGACAGGCUGAGAUCAAGAAGAUGAUCUCUGAGAAGAAACUGGAUAUACUAUCUAUUAUAGAAACUAAAGUCUCCCCAGUUAAUGUGGAUGCAAUCCAUAAUAAAAUUGCAGCUCACUGGCACCUUGUCCACAACUACUCUUUCUCCCAGCUUGGCAGAAUAUGGGUUAUGUGGAAUCCCAAUACCAUUGAUCUUGAUGUUGUAUGUACAACUAAGCAAUCCAUCCACUGCUCUAUAUCCAUCAUCGACCAAAAUAUCACCUUUUACUCCUCUUUCAUUUAUGCUUCUAACUUUGCUGCAGAAAGGCUCUCCCUAUGGAAGGAUAUCAACCACCAUUCUACUCUAUUUGGCAACUCCCCUUGGCUGGUUAUGGGUGAUUUCAAUAUCAUCUCUAAUUCAGCUGAGAAGAAUGGUGGUUCUGUUAGAUGGAAUCCAGCCAUUAAUGCCUUCUGUGAAUGCUUACAACAAGCUGAACUUGAGGAUCUUAGGUACACUGGCAUCUUAUACACCUGGAACAACAAAAGCUUUGGCUCAGCCUGCAUUACCAAAAAGCUUGAUAGGGCCCUCAUCAACAAACAAUGGAACACCUCAUUUCCAAGAUCAGAGUGCACCUUUCUUACCCCUGGAGUAUCUGACCACAGCCCCAUUUUAGUUACAAUUGAUACUAACUCCCACACAAGAUGUUUACCUUUCAAGUUCUUCAAUGCAUGGUGCUCUCACCCUCUCUUUCUACCAUCAGUUCAGAGUACUUGGAACCAUUAUAUUCCUAGGACAGCUAUGUUCCAAGUGGUUAAAAAGCUGAAAUCUCUAAAGCACAUCCUCAAAACCAACUGCAAGGUGGACUUCUUAAAUGUUGAUUCCAAGCUACAGGCAGUUAAAAUGGAGCUAGAUACAUGUCAAAAGGAUCUUGAUCUCUCCCCAAGUGAUACUCAACUCAGACUGCUUGAUCUCUCUCUUACUAAGGAGUACACAAGACUUUCAGAUCUUCAAGAAUGUAUGCUCAAGCAAAAAUCCAGAAUGGUGUGGCUUAAGCUUGGGGACUACAACUCAUCCUACUUCCAUAAAUCAAUUGCCUCUAGAGUUAACAGGAAGAAGAUUUGUAGCUUAACCAAUGCAAAUGGAAUUCGACUUGAUAAUGCAGAUGGAAUUAUUCAUGAAAUUGUCUCAUACUUUCAGAAUCUGUUUGGUAUAAGCCCUCCAACUACCCACACUUAA